CAGUGGCACCGGCGGCUCCCGGCCCCUCCGGCUUGCCGUCGUUUCCCGGCACGCAAAGCGGACGGGCUUUGGCGGCGCCAUGGCGGCGGAGGCCGCGUUGCCGAGUUCGGAUAUGUUCGAUGAGAUCGUGAUGGCUGACGAGAGGUUUCAUGGUGAGGGGUAUGAGGAGGGGUAUGCUGAAGGCAGUCACGUUGGAGUUGUUGAGGGACGGAGGUAUGGAUCGCUCCAUGGUGCCAAGAUGGGGUCUGAGAUUGGCUGCUACCUUGGGUUUGCCCUGACGUGGCAGUGUCUGCUCCAGAAAUGCAUGGAUGAAAAGAACAGCAAAAAGAUAAGGGCUCUGGAUUCAUUAAUAGGAAUGAUACAGAAAUUCCCGUAUGAAGACCCCACUUAUGAUAAGCUGCAAGAAGAUCUGGAAAAAAUCAGAGGAAAAUUUAAACAGGUUUGUUCAAUGCUAAAUAUUCAGUCUGAUUUUAGAAUUGGUACUGAAAGAUCUUCACUAACUUUUUGAAUAUAACAGAUGAAGAUAAACGUGGAUGACCAAAGAAGAAACACUAAAAGAACAGAUAACUGGAAAAGUGUUUGUCUACUCUUAUUUUAAACAAAAUCCAUACAGUGAAGAGGUGCUAAAUAUUACAGGAGAAAGGGAAAAGCAUUGAACUUGUAAUAGUACUACUUCUUUAACGUUUAUUAUGUCCAGGUUUUAUUUAGGAUCACUGAAACACCAUUGUGCAAACCUGUUAAAUAGAAAUAUUUGUUUUAAUUCCUCACUGGCCUCACACUGAUAGAUUAAUUCCUCAAAAGGAAAGCAUAUGCAUUUGCAAAGUUUCCUUAUUUAUAAAGGGUGUAAGCUAUUUAAAAAUCUGUGUAUGCAGAUCAUUCAGUUUACACGGUGUGUAGAUAUUUUAGGUGAAGUAAAAUAUAAUCAAUUGUUUGCAGACUUUGAAGUAGGAAACCUUUUUGUGGGUAAAGGGUAGAAUGACAAAUGAAGCCAGAAUGUGAAGGAGAAAGAUUAAAGAUUCCUGCUCAUAAAGUAGCUGCAGCUCAGGACAUGACACUUGAACUUUCUGCAGACUGAUCCAGUGUGGGGGAAAAACCCACCAACCCCCCCAAAAAGCUAGCAAUUUCAGUGAUCAGUGAGAGAAAUAUGACUACCAGAAGAAUUUUGAUACUGAUUUAUUAUUUAUUCGUACAUAUUAUCAAGGAAUAGCUUUUUAUUUUCAGUGUUGAAAAGACACUUUUUAGUCUCAUUCCAAAAAAUGGAUGCUGUCAGCUGAAUGUAUUCAACUAUGUUAGUUUAAGGUAAAUACAGUCAGCUGUUUUAUCUGAAAGAUGUGUUAGGUUGGGCUGCUAGAUGUCUUUGCAUACCAUUUGCCAGUGAAAUAAUGAAUUCCAGAAGACUUUUCAUCAGCUGUAACAUAGGCAUGUCUGGGGGAGUCUACGUGGCGUAGUGUGGCUUCAUAAGGAGAGAUCUGACUGAAGGACAUGUUUUAAUAUGGCCAUACCCUUGGGCAGCACGACUUUGUGCCAUCUAGACCUCACUUCUGUUUUACUUGUACAGCUUUUUUAUAAUAAAAAAUAUUUUUUUUUUUUUUAAUAUAAGAAAAUAAGUAACUUGAAUUUUUAAAAUGUUUGCUGUCUGUUCAUAUCUGGGAUAUGAAGGACAUGCUUUCUGCUAAAAUUUUUGGAUUUUGGACUCUGAAGAUAACAGUUUUGCUGACAGUACAGAGGGAGUUGUGUGCAUAUAUAUCAAUUUAUUUCAAAAUAAUCUUACUUUUUGUCUGUUUCCUGAGUAUGCCAGUACCAGAGGCUUUUCUUAAUAACUGAUUGCUGGCGUACUGUUUGGUUUUUGGUUUUUUUUGCUUAAUUAUCUUAUAUGUGUAAGCUUUCAAACAGCUUUGAUACUUACAGUGAGUGUCAGGGCCAUCUAGUGGAGGAGGCCGUUGUAUUGUGUAAGAAAGAUUAUAAGAUUUCACAAAUAUUUAUAUAGCUAGAAGUUGUUAAAAUAGAGUACAGAACAUAUGUAGGCAUGAUACAGCUCUUCUUGAGCACAGCUGGCUUUUAAUUGUGAUGCAGCUCAAACCCCUGGGAAACAGAACAAGCAGCAACCUGCAAGUACCUGAAAAUAGAAGCAAAAUAAAAUAGCACACCCUGUAAUCUCAGUACAUAGAUAGACACAGAACAAGAAGGUCGCAUAGUAGAGAAAAGAAAGCUAAUUUGACUUUGUAUCACUUCAGAGAAGUCCAGAUUUGAAAAAGUUGUCUCUGCAUCCACAAACCAGUUUCUUUUUGCAAAUCGAAUUAUUUUACCUGUUUACUUCAAAGUAAUGAAAGGUACUAGAUAUUCAGCUGUGAUUAACUUUGACUCAAAAUAUUUUGUUGUUGAAAUCCAUGAAUUAUGCUUUAAAUAAACUCCCCCUGGACCUUGGUCUAAAAAAAAAGGCAGUUUUGUUCUUCUGAAUGAUAGUACAAAGAGAAGUAAAUGCUGGAGGUCUAAGUAUUCAUGUUUUAAAAUGUGGCCUUUCUUGGAACCUUCGUACCUGUUUUACAAAGAUAUUUGUAAAAGCAAGGGAGGGGAUUUGAGAGCUCAAAAUAUCUGUGAAGGGUUUGAUUACUAGAAGUGUAUAAUAUGUAAGCUAUAUGCAAAAUAUUGGUUGUAUUGAAAUCAAAAUUAUUUUUGUUUAACUAAGGAGAGAAAGGAUCUUUGCAGACCGAGCGGUCAAUGACUGUUACUUUGCAAAUUGGUUUGGUGGCUAAUUUUCUUGCACUGCUUUAAUUUUAUGUAUAAUAAAUUUACAUUAUUACAAUAAAUUAUAUAUAUAUUAAAUAUAUAUAUAUACAUAUUUAACUAUAAAGAUUGUAGCAACCAGUAUUUCAAAUUGGGAUAUGCCAGGUUUAGGGUUGCCCGUUAGGUCUUUAGUUUAGCUCCGUAUGUCUGUACGUACUGAUGGAGUCUCUUAUUCCACGAGUUUGUAUUUUUCUGAAUAUCUUCUGUCUCAUGUCUUGUAUGGGCCCAAUGGUGUUUAUUAAAUGAGGUGUGGUUAAAAAAUCUGUUGGCUAUGCAGUUGUAUACUUUCUUUGGUGCCAACUUUUUAAACUGUUUUCUGCAGCAGAGUUGUGGGGGGUUUCUGUGUUGUCCAGGGCUGUAACAGUGGAGUCUUCGCGCUUCGGGGUGGUUUUAUACCUUAUUUACAG